AUGAAGAGAUCAAAGUUAGACAAGAAUGUUCAGAGGUAUCUUAACCACUCCGUUGAUGAUGCUGAUAAGCAGAAGAAUCUGGAUAAGAAAGCCAUUCAUAAUAUACUAGAAAAAUUUCAAUCAGGUCAUGCAUUUAAUAUCAUUGAUGGGAUGUACGAGGAUCAAUUAGGAGAGACAGAUAAAAAGUUAUGGAAGUGAGAUAGAUUGCUGAAUGAGGGUAAACAUUCGUCUAGAAUUCCACAAGAUAUUGCAAAUUUAAAAACAAGAAAUUAUGAAAAUAGAGAAGAGAAUCAUAUUAAUACCUUAAACAUAAUUAAUCAAGCAACAUCCACCCCAAAAAUCCCAUCCAAGAAACUAAAAUAAACAUCUAAAGUCAAAUAAAAUGUCUAAAACACCAACAGCCUACUCUAAAACCCCAAAGCAAUGCUCAAAAUAUCUCCAAAAAUUAUAUCAGCCUUCAAAUGCCAAACUAAACUCAAAGAUACUCAGAACUUCAUCUAAGCCAUCUCCGAACACUACAAUGCCCUCUAUCAUCAGUGACUCGGCUACUUUUAACCCUACGAUCUCUUUCCUGCCAUCACAGACCUCCUUCUGCUACUACAACUACAAGAAAAGAAAUUUCAUACAUAAGAAAGGAACUCAAGAUCCUAGACAUAAGAAAAGGAUGGUAGAAACACAGAGAGUACUUGAUCAAGUCCUUGGCAGGGAGAGAGGUAGGAAUGGGCAACAAGAGACCACUCAUGAUAGAAUGACUCUACCUCUUAAUAUCCAUACCAAAUCCACUAUUUCUAAUGAAAAAUCACACAAGAAAAUGAAUAAGGGCUUUCUCAAGAAGGGUCAGAAAUCUAGCAGAGCCAAAAAGACGUCAAGGCAUAAAGAAAUAGGGGAAGAUUCUGCACUCAAAAAGAGUAUCGAAAGCAUUUCAAACUCUCUCCCGCCAGAAGAGAUUAACGAACGAUCGAAGCUUACAGAACUCAAGAAGAAAGCUAAAUCUAACACAAAAUCAACAGGAGUGGUACUGAGAGGUGUGGCUAAGCCUCGAAAAAUUCAAUCAGUAAGAUACCAAAAUACCCUCAGAUCUUGAAAUGUGUCUUCUGGGGGAAAUAAGAUGGAUGCAGUCAUGAAGGAUCGUAUCAAGUCUAAAAUGACUCUUCCUAUAUCACAAAAUCAUCAACAUAGAGGUAUCUCCGGUAUUGAAGAGUUUCUCAAGAUGUCAAAACGGAUAAACUCUAGUAAAUUUAUAACCAAGUCACGAAUCUUGAAAUUAGGUACUCAGAGUACCUCUCCAAACAAUAAGACCUGAAACAAAGAAGAGCUAACAGGGAUAACCGAAUACAGAACUCUGAAAUCACAAAAAUAGAAGUCUGAAUGAAAUUGAAAGGUCACACUUAGAAAAGAAUAAAGUCUUCUGCCAAAGGAAAAGUCGAGAAGUUCAGCGUAUUCAGGACAUGUGAAAAGCCAUUGAAGGUGGAGAUCAGCCAUUGAAGAGUAGGAUUACCAAACAGAUGAUACUGGAGGGACACAGACAAGAUAAAUUGAAUGCAACAAUGAAUAUCAUCUCUAAACUUGAAGGCACCCCAGCCUUUCUUUUAAAGAAAUUUUAUGAUUAUCGAGUUGAAACUCUAGAACAAGAGAAAGAGUUUGCACAAACUGUCCGGCAACAAUACAAAUCAAGCAUUGCAGAUCCGAGUAGGCCUGUUGCUCUCAAAGAAAAGGAGACAAAGAACAUAGCUGAGAAGGUGCCUAAAUUUAUUGAAAUACUAGAGGCAUCGCCUGAAAAUCUUUAUUAA